CCAAAACCUCCUCAACUGCAUCUGUCCCCGAGUCUCAGCUCCCUCUGCCAUCUCGGUUCGAGUGUCUCCACGCAGCCCUCUGACACGACGCGGUCGACCAAGCUGUGCCCAGAGGGAAACUCGAAAAUUCUGGGUCCAAAUUUCUCGGACCCUCCAAUGCGUUUCCGCUUUUCUCUCAGCGGAAUUCUAGCCGCUUCGCGCUGUUCAACAGAGCCUGUUUCUCUCCUUUCCGAGAGUGCCCAGCGCAGGAGCCUUCUGCCUUUUAAAGCCCCGACUUCGCCUGCUCUCGUUAGCGCUUUGUCCUUCCUCUCGUUAGCGCCGACUUGUGCCUCUCUUUCUCAUUCGCUGUUGAUCGUUUCUUCAGUUCCAUGCACUUGUUCAUACAGGAUUCAGGGUGUUUGAGUCUGCCUCUCUCUCCGGUGGCAUCCAUCACAUUAAGCUGAUUUUGUCUGCUCCGCUAUCGACCUCGCGAGCGCCGCCUGCUUCGUGGCAACUUCAUUCCUUCCUUGUUAAUCCCCCCCUCGUUUUCCAAGACUUUCCACUCCCAUCGCAUGCAGAAAAACGUUCUGUCGUUGCUGCUUCCUCCCCCGUCGCCUGUACAUUUGUCGCGCUCCUUCAGGACACCCGGAACGAGGUCGCCUCGAAGAGGAAGGGGAGAGUCGUCUGCCUCUGAAGGCGAUUUUUUCUGUCAAGCGCGAUGCCGGGGAUCGCGGAGGGAGAGCAGCCUCUCCAGGAGACAGCACGGAACUGGGACGAGGCCUGCGGGCAUUGCCUGCCUCGGCAGUUGGACACCGUCGAAGAGAACCUCAAUUCGAGGAAGCGGCGGAAGAUAGAUGGAGACCGCAUGUGCGACGCAGACUCAGAGGGGACUGGGCUCGCGCCGGUUUCUUCGCGACAACCAGAAUGCGUCGACGAGAAGGAAGACGGAGACGACAGCGAGGAGAGGAAGGUGCUUGGACGCAUGCCUCGAACGACGGUCGAAAGGCCAUCUGCUCUGUCGCCCUCAAGAGGUUCUUCAGAAGACAGUGCGUCGGCUGCUCCGCUCUUCUCAUGUCUUUCUCCAGACUGCGCAGCGUCUUCUCUCCCUGCUUCCGCGCCAGCGUCUUCGUCUGCAUCGGCGUCUUCUUCCAUGUCGGAAACUUCUUCUCCUGCCUCUCCGCCCUCCUCCUCGUCUGAUUCUCUCCUCUCGCGGACGCAUGUCUGCGCUUCGUCAGAUCUGAGUCUUCCCUCUCGUUCUUUCCUCUCCACUUCCUCGUCAGUCGCCGCCGGCUCGGUCUCCGACGCCCUUCCCGCUCGCCUCGCGCCUCCUCUCUCUUCUUGCCCUUCCGGGUCUUCUUCCUGUCUCUCGUCUGCUUCUUCCACGGGAUGCCGUUCCUCCGCGAGCGACUCCGUGAAGCUCUUGGAAGCCGAAGACUCUCUUCACUUCAAACCGCGCGGCCUUGCGGAUCGCUACUGCGGGAAGUGGAUUCUGGCGCCCAUGGUUCGCAUUGGCAUUCUCCCUUUUCGUCUCGAGUGCCUCAAAUACGGAGCAGACCUAGUCUACACCGAAGAGACCAUUGACCACAAGCUUCUUAAUUCUGUCCGAACGUUCAACGAAGAUUUCUCCACGAUAGACUUUCUCCACAAAAGCGAGAAAACAUGCGUCUUUUCAACCUGCUUGGAAGAGCGAGGGAAAGUCGUAAUGCAGCUCGGAACAUCGGACGCCACGCGAGCUCUCAAGGCUGCCAUGCUGGUUGCUCAGGAUGUAGCCGCAGUCGACGUCAAUAUGGGCUGCCCAAAGAGCUUCUCAAUCAACGGCGGCAUGGGAGCAGCACUGCUGAAGACUCCCCUGAUUGCGACGGACAUUUUGAAGACACUCCGACGAAACCUGGACAUCCCCGUGACAUGCAAAAUUCGGCUGCUCGACACGAUUCACAAGACAAUCGAUUUCGCGAGACUCUGUGAGAAUUGCGGCAUCGAAGCCAUUGCGAUUCACGCGCGGGAGACUCACGAGCGACCGUCACACCGUGCUCACUGGGACCUUUUCCCGGCUCUCAAGUCCUCGCUGGCGAUUCCCCUCAUUGCGAACGGUGACUUCCUGACCCGGCGCGACGCCGACGUCUUUCAGGAGAAGAUCGGAGCGGACAGUCUCAUGUUUGCUCGAGGAGCGAUGUGGGAUCCCAGCAUUUUCUCAUGGAAGAAAGGGACCACGAAAAACGUGGUCGCGGAGUUUGAUUCGGACUCCUCUGCGGCGCUGUCGUGCGAGAAGGAAACGCCGUCGCUAUAUACAUCAGAUCCCCCACCGAUGGGGCAAAACACGGAUUUCUCUCAUCCCGGUUCUUCUCUGCCAUCCAGCGAAUCGAGCCGAGUAAAGGUCAUGCGGGGCUACAUUAAGAGAGCGGUGGUCUGUGGGGCGCCGUACCAGGCCAUCAAGUUCUGUCUGCAAAGCAUGGCAGCUCAGUGCAGCAGCGACAGAAACGUAAACCUGGCAAUCACGUCGAGCAAGUCCACUCGGGACCUCUGCAGGGCACUGGACCUUGAUCUCUUCUAUGAGACCGUGUUCCCCAAGUUGCCGCCUCACGCAAACACUUUGAACUACCACAAAAUGCGGAACCUGCCUGAGGCGGCGUCAACCCAGAGACUGGACAGCCCACUUGCUUUUUCUUCCUAUCUCUCAUGAAACCCCAGACAGCUGUCAUUCAUUUUGGACGUGCUUGAGCUGAGAACGUAACCGAUGUGGAGUAUCCAGAAGGCGCCGCUGAGUGCUUCCCUGAGAACAGGCAGCUGCUUUAUGCCUCCGGUGUUCGAUGCAGACAGGACCGCCGCUUCUUUCUCCAAGUUCGCAAGAACUUGGUUGUCUGUACCUCGUGCCCGGAGUCAUUUUCAGUAUCUUAGAUACUAAAGUGUCUCUGUUUGCUCGAUCUGAGUUGCGGUUGUGUGAACGCGUAAGAUCAACGAAUAUGUAUGCUCCUGAAUGUACCGGUAGACGCUGUAAUAAAAGUCUUCCUAUGCACGUUCUAGGAUUUAACGUUAUGCCACAAAGGAUCCCAGAGUGUUUACCCUGAUUACAUGGGGCACAAUAUUUAUUUCGAGGACGCGUGUGCAAGCUUUUGCCGACGUCUAAACAACGUUGCAGUGCAACGGCUGAAGCAUCAUGUACGGUUUUUUCGUUAUACGGGUGUGGCCAAAACCCCCUGCCAAUGACUUUUUGUUCCAGUAGAACGGUUUGUUCUGUCAAUUCUCCCUGGAGGAGUCCACGAGUGAAACGC